UCUAUCCUCCUUUUCCCCAAACUAACAUAUUUACGAGUAUGUUUUGGUAACUGCCAGCAGCUUAAGAAAAGAUAAACACCUUAACCAGAUACACACAAGUGAGUCAGACAAGACAUUAUGAGAAGAGCUUCAAUUUCAAAUCUUCUGAAAACUCUAUUAUUAAUAUCCCCAAAUCAUCAGCCGCCCUCCUUUAGUACCAUUUCAUCAUCAUCAUCAUCAAGCCCUAGUUUAUCGAUAUGGAGACGAAAGAAAGAAAUCGGAAAAGAAGGUUUGAUUAUUGCUAAACAACUUAAGAGACUUCAAUCUAGUCCUCUUCGUCUCGACCGUUACAUCGACUCCCAUGUCUCUCGUCUUCUCAAGUCUGACCUUGUUUCUGUCCUUUUUGAGUUCCAAAGACAAAACCUUGUCUUUCUAUCUAUGAAGUUAUAUGACGUGGUGCGAAAAGAGAUAUGGUAUCGACCAGAUAUGUUCUUUUACAGGGACAUGCUUAUGAUGCUAGCAAGAAAUAAAAAAGUGGAUGAGGUGAAGCAGGUUUGGGAAGAUUUGAAGAGAGAAGAGGUACAUUUUGAUCAGCAUACAUUUGGGGACAUCGUGAGGGCCUUUUUGGAUAGUGGAUUGCCAUCAGAAGCAAUGGUGAUAUAUGAUGAAAUGAGACGGGCCCCUGACCCUCCAUUAUCAUUGCCUUAUCGAGUGAUCUUAAAGGGGCUGUUACCAUAUCCGGAAUUGAGGGAGAAAGUGAAAAAUGAUUUUUUGAAACUAUUCCCCGACAUGAUCAUUUAUGAUCCUCCUGAAGACUUAUUUGAAGACUAUUCGUCUAGCAAUGGGUUUGAAAGCAACUAAAGUAUUGAACUCAUAAGAUACACACAUCCCUUAGGAUUUGAGGAUUAGAAGAAAUUUGGAUUGCAGCUUUGUUAUCACAAAAAAGGGAAACAGGUCUAUCAACAUCAAUCUGCAAAUCCUUUAAAAUGUUUAUAAGCCACAUGACUUCACAAGUUAAAGAUGCAAGAGCCCUAUAUUCAGCUUCUGCUGAAGAUCUUGAAACAACACUUUGUUUCUUGCUUUUCCAGGAAACUAAAGAGUUUCAAACACAAUGUAUCCAGUUACACUUCUCAUGGUAGUUUUACACUUAGCCCAAUCAGAAUCAGUGUAACCAAAUAGGUUUAAAGAAGAAGAUUUAGAAAUAGAAAUACCAGUACCAGGACUCUGCUUCAAAUACCUCAAAACUCUAAAAGCAAGUUUCAAGUGUGAGCUCAAAGGAGAAUGCAUAAACUGACUUAGACUAUGUACUGCAUAGCAUAUAUCAGGUCUAGUAUGUGAAAGAUAAAUAAGCUUACCAAGCAGUUUUUGAUACUCAGUAAUAUUAUCAAGAGGCUUGUCAUUAUCA